CUAUGGCCCACUUUCAAAGUUAGUAGUGGUACGUAAAUAUUUCAAUUGUUUUAGUGUUUUGUGACUAUAACGGUGGUUCUGAUUGAUAAUUUAGUGUAUAAUUAGGGAUUGUGAAGAGGAUAGAAAAUAGAUUUAAAGUAGGCAGAGCAGUUUAUUUGCUUGCCCAAUGGUUGUGGUUUGUGAAAUUAAGUUUGUGUUUUGUUCAUUUUAAGGGACCAUGUUUGAUGUGAAAUAAAUUUGGAGGUAAGUAAAAAUUUUCUUUAUUGAUGGUACUGUGGUAGGUUAUUACGGAUAAAAAGAAGUUAAGUAAAAUAUUAUUGGCAUUGAUUUCACAUGGGGCUGGAAUAAAAGUAUUUAAACAUGAACUUGCUUCUAUGGUUACUCCGUAAUUCGUUAACAAACGUUGAAGAUGAGAUUAUGUUAGAAAAAUUGGUUGAGGAAGCUAUGCGGAUAAUGAUGAAGUUGGAAAGUUGGAACAUGAGUUUAAAGAAUCUUUUUUCUCAAUCGUAGGUGAAUGUUGCAGAUAAAUUAUUGGGAAGCAUUUCUUCCGAUACUAUGAAUGUUUCGAUUGGAGAUCUAGAUUUUCAGCUGAGUGGUGAAGGUGCUACUAAUGUUGAUUAUGCCGGAGUUGACUUGCAUCCAGUUGGGUUUGUUGAUAGAAACUUUGUGGAGGAUGAGGGGCUGUUGCAUAAUAUGGGUCUGGUUGAUAAUUUCGAAAUUGAAGGACAGGAUAUUUGGUUAGUUUCGUUGAAUGGGAAAAGCGGAGGGGAUGACACGCAAUUGAAUAGUUCAGAUGAUGUUAUAUUGUCAAAUGCAUGUGCCAACAUCGACUCAGGUGAUUUGAAGUUGAAGCUUCACUCUGAGGAUCAAUACCAUUUAAAUAUUUUGAAAGUUGAUGAGGUAGAUGUAAAAGAAAAGGUGAACGAUGAAUGUUACACAAUGGUUACGCCAAGGAAUUUGGUUGAGGUAGACGUUGCGGAUGGAGAUAUUGAUGUGGUAGGAGAUUUGGUAGAUGCGGUCGUGAAUAAUAAUUUGGCUAAGACAACAUUACAGGAGGAACAAUUGGAAAAGUGUAGUCCUCGUAUGUGUAUAGAAAAUCGUAUGUCUACUGAGGAAAUAUUUGAUAGUAAUUUAGUGAAUACGGGUGCUGAAAUAUGUGUCUUUUGUAAGCAUCUUGAUGGAAUCACGGAUAUGUAGACCUUCGGGAAGAGAAGAUCCAACACUAGAUUUUGCAGUCUAAAGGAUGAAAUAAGAUGGCACUUCAAAGAUGAGAUGGAGUUGGUCCUUCAGUACGGUGGUUCUGAAUUUGAUUGUGAUAUGUUCGAUGUGAGAGACAAUGAAAUUGGAUUCUUUAAUGCGCCAUUGAGUUUCUAUUGAUGGUAUUUUGAAUUUUAUUAAUUAUGUUAUUUUGCAGUAAAGUGAGUAUUUUGAUAUUGUGCAUAUGUGAAGGGGAUGUUAUGUUAAUUAUUUGUAUGUUUUAACAACAGCUUCUAGGUUCUUUAUUCCCAACAAGGAUAAUUAAUCGUGGGGUGUGGGGAGAUCUGGAUGAUUUACAUGGCUGGAGAAAAUUAUUGUGAAUUAUGUUCUUGACCCAACUUUGUCAGCCAAGUAAAUUUUAUAUAGGUUUUUUGGUAUUGAAUGCUCAUUUGUAAUGUUUUUAUCGAAAGUUAUAAUUGUUUUAUAAAUAUUUUGUACAUUGAGAUUGUAUUUCUUAGGGAUAAAGUGAUUGGGAGGAGGGCGGACUUUCUAACAUUGAAUGCACAUCAACUGGUUAGCGCUAGAGUUGUAAAUUGUUUAGUAGAGAUUUUAUCAGUAGAGGAGGUUCAUGGACGUGGUAAGAGGAGAAGGUGUUGGUGGAUUCCGACAGUGUUAUCAGUGAUUUUUAUUUGGUUUUAAUAAGUAAUAUAAUAUAAUGUUGUUGUGUUACUAGUGAGUUGUAUUAUGUGUGAUGUUUUUAACAGUACCAAAUAACAAAUGUUGGAGUAAUUUAAAUUGUUUAUAGCGUCCUCAUUCAUACAAUUUUUCUACUAAGAGCGAAGGAAAAAAUCAGGAAGAGUGGUGUGGAGAAGUUGGUGAUUGUGAGAAGGUAUUGAUUAGGAGUAGGUUGAAAUUUGAAAAUUGAGUUUAUUUUUUAUUUUUUAUGUAUGGUAUUGGCAUAAUGGGUUGUUUCGUUGUCAUAGGCAUAUGCUUCUGUGCUUGCAAAGAGACAUUGGUUUCUUGCAAUUUUGAAGUUCGAAAAGAAUCUUGUUGAAUUGUAUGAUAACCUCAAAAUUCCUUCGACACCAUUUGGUCUUGCUAUAAUUGAGAAUAUGGUAGGUGUUUACUAGUGUUUGAUUUAUAGUUUUUUAGCAUGAAUUUGAUGAGGGAGAUUGAUUUUGAAUGUAGAAAUUUGUUUGGAACAAUUUCUUUUGUUUUAGUUGGGGUCAAUGGACAUUGUAUUCAGUAAGACGUUGAAGGAGGUGCAAGGGAGUGAUUUCCGUUUCCGGAGUUUUCAUAUUGAGCAACCUGUAUCUCACAGCAAGGAGUGCGUACAGUACGACUGCAGUGUGUAUGUGAUGAAGAUGCUUCUACAAGAAUAUGUGCCUGAAGUUCUAAGUCGACGGACAUAUGAUAAAAUAGAUGAUUUGGAAGUAGACCAACUAAUGUAUGUAGUUAUUUAUUCAAAAUAUUUUGCUAAAGUAUCUUUUUCUUUUUUUACUACAAUGUAUAGGGAAUUGUAUUAAUUGUUUUAUUUGUGUCCUAGGUGGCGACCGAGUUGGAUAGGCAACUUAUUGCAGGUAGAAUAUUGACUUCCGGCAUUAAUAGAGAUGGUAGUGAAAGGAGUAGGGAUAUAUACGGUAUGUGUGAAGUCUUGUAGAACAAUAUUAUAUUGAUAUUCCCCAUCAGCCAUUUCUUUUGAUUGUAUUCCCCGUAAAUUCCAAGGUUUUAUAUUACAAUUGCCUUGA